AUGGAACCGGCACCAGCCACCGCCGUCGUGGAGGAGAACGAGGAGGAGGCGAGCAUGGCCUUCACGGUCGUCGUUGCCAUCGCCGCGUGCGUGGUGGCAGCUGCCGUCUACCGCUUCUUCCUCUCGCCCGCCAAACCGCCAUCAUCAACACCGGCCGGCGGCGGCGGAGGCAGCAAAAAGCCAACGGUGCCAACCAACAGCACAGGCGCCAAGGCUGCGCUCAUCAAGGGGAAGGAGGCGGCCUCCAAGGAAGCCGAGAAGGGCGUCCCAUUGCGCAUCUUGUGGGGAUCCCAGACCGGCACCGCCGAAGAUUUCUCCUCGCAGCUCGCCGACGAGGCCCGCAAGCACGGCUUCGCCCCUCGCUCCACCGAUCUCGAAGACUUCUCUGCCGAGGACCUGGCCGAUGAGAAGACCGUCAUCUUCGUGGCGGCCACCUACGGCGAGGGUGAGCCCACCGACAACGCCAAGGACUUCUACGCGUGGCUCAUGCACGACGACCGCGAGCCCGGCCUGCUCGAGCGCGUCAACUUCACCGUCUUCGGGCUGGGCAAUCGCACGUACGAGCACUACAACGCGAUCGGGCGGGCGAUCGACCGGCGCAUGGAGGAGCUCUCGGCGGCCCGCUUCUACGAGCGGGGCGAGGGCGACGACGACUCGUCCCUCGAAGAGGACUUUGCCAAGUGGAAGAAGGGCCUCUGGGGUCCGCUCUGCCGCCUGCACGACCUUCCCUUCGAGGGCGCCGCCCUCGAGACUGAAAGCUACGACGUGAAGGCGCGCAAUACGCUGGUCUUCGUGGAUCACGCGAGCGAGGAGGGGCAGCGCGCCCUCCAGCGCUUCAAGGAAACCGGACACGCCGUGGGCACCACCAAGCAGGGGGUGCACGACGCGAAGAACCCGCUGGUGUGCCAGGUGGUGGUGAACAGGGAGCUCCACGGCUCCACGUCGGAGCGCUCCUGCCGACACAUCGAGAUCGCCGUGCCCGACAACAUCACCUACGAGCCCGGCGACCACGUCGGCGUCUACGCCAACAACGACCCCGACCUCGUUCUCGCCCUCGCCAAGCGCCUCGGCGCGGAGGCCGAUCUGGAUCGCCUGAUCGCACUCGCGCCGGCGGCGGCGGCGGCGGCUUCGAGCAAGGCCAAGUACACGAUGGGACCCGUCACGCUGCGCCAGGCCCUGCUGGAGCUGGUCGACAUCACCACGCCGCCGCGCAAGUCGCUCCUGCACGCGCUCGUCCAGUACGCGCGCAGCGACGCCGACAGCGCCGCGCUCAAGGCCCUCUCCGCCGGCACCGACCAGCCGGCGCACGAGCCCCGCGGCCUCAACUACGCCCAGUGGAUCAAGGAAGACCGCCGGACGAUCGGCGAGGUGCUGGAGGCGCUGCCGUCGGUGGCGGUGCCGGUGGGGCACCUGCUCGAGCUGCUGCCGGCGCUGGCGCCGCGCUACUACUCGAUCUCGUCGUCGCCGCUGGAGCACCCCGGCCGCAUCCACAUCACGUGCGUCGUCACCCGCUUCACCACCCGCACGGGCCGCCUCCACCACGGCGUCUGCUCCACCCACUUCCUUCGCCUCCUGCCCGGCACCGCCCAAGAAGAGGGAGAGGAGAGGCACACGGUGCCGCUGUUCGUGCGGAAAUCGCAGUUCCGGCUGCCCAAGUCGGUCAGCACGCCCCUCAUCAUGGUCGGACCCGGCACCGGCAUCGCCCCCUUCCGCGGCUUCAUCCACCACAGGAAGCACCUGCGCGAGGAGGGCGGCGCGCGGGGCGAGGCGGUGCUGUUCUUCGGGUGCAGGGAGCGGGCCAAGGACUUCCUCUACGAGGAGGAGCUCAACACGGCCCUCGCCUCCGGCCACCUCUCCAACGUCCUCGUCGCCUUCUCGCGCGAGCAAAACGAAAAGGAUCGGUUGCGUGAGCACAAGGAGCUCGUCUGGACGCUGCUGGAAGAGCAGAAGGCCCAUUUUUACAUCUGCGGUGACGCCGCGCAGAUGGCUCCGGCGGUGCGGGCGGCCGUGGUGGACAUCGUGGCGGAGAAGCUCGCCGACAACGACCGGGACCAGGCCGAGGCCUACGUCGCGCGCCUGCACGAGCAGGGCCGGUGGGCCACCGACGUGUGGUUCUGA